AUGCAAAUAAAACUUUAUAGACUUGGCAUGUUUAGAGUUUACCAAAGGAGGAAAACUCUACCGCAAUAUAUUUGUGAGCCCAGUUGUGGCAAAGAGCAUUAUACCUUAUUCAUAGUUACUCUGAUUCAAGUCUUCAGGCUCAGUUCUCAGUCAUCAAUUAUUAGAGGAUGUUGA